CCCCGACUGACCCCUCUCCAGGCGACUGUUCAGUCCCUCGUCGUGCAUCAUGCUCGCACAACAGCUCAUCGAGCACCUCUUGACCCCGCAGGGCGCCGCCUCGGCCCUGGUCGGUCUCUUGGCAUUUUACUACAUCCUGCCCUAUCUCCAGACCUGGCGUCUGCGUGAUAUCCCGACCCCUUCGUUCGCCGCCUUUACCAACCUCUGGUUGCUUCUGCAAGCUCGCCAGGGUCGCCGGUUUGAGGCUGUUCACCAAGCCCACCAGAAGCACGGCAAACUCGUCCGUAUCGCGCCCCGUCAUGUCUCCAUCGCCGACGAUGGCGCCAUCAACGCCAUCUACGGUCACGGCAAUGGCUUCCUCAAGGCUGACUUCUACGAUGCUUUCGUCUCCAUCCGUCGCGGUCUGUUCAACACCCGUGACCGUGCGGAGCACACGCGCAAGCGCAAGACUGUCUCGCACACCUUCAGUAUGAAGUCCAUCGGCCAGUUCGAGCAGUACAUCCACCACAACAUCGAGCUCUUCGCCACCCAGUGGACCAACCUUGCCAAGUCCCAGGGUAAUCCCAAGUCCGGCUACGUCACUAUCGACGCCCUCAACUGGUUCAACUUCCUGGCCUUCGACAUCAUCGGGGAUCUGGCGUUCGGCGCCCCCUUCGGCAUGCUCAAGAAGGGCGAGGACAUCGCUGAGAUGCGCAAGACUCCGGACUCCCCCCCCAAGUACGUCCAGGCCGUCGAGGUGCUCAACCGCCGCGGUGAGGUCUCCGCCACCAUCGGUACCCUCCCCGCCCUGAAGCCCUUCGCCAAGUACAUCCCCGACCGCUUCUUCAAGGACGGUAUGGAAGCUGUCGAGAAUCUGGCCGGCAUCGCCGUCGCCCGUGUCAAUGAGCGUCUGCGCCCCGAGGUCAUGGCCAACAACACCCGUGUCGAUCUGCUCGCCCGUCUGAUGGAAGGCAAGGACAGCACCGGCAACAAGCUGGGCCGCGAGGAACUCACCGCCGAGGCCCUGACCCAGCUGAUCGCCGGCUCCGACACCACCUCCAACACUGCCUGCGCUAUCCUCUACUGGUGCAUGCGCACCCCCGGCGUCAUCCCCACACUGCAAAAGGUCCUGGAUGAGGAGCUGCCCGGCGAUAUCGACGUGCCCACCCACGCCAUGGUCAAGGAUAUUCCUUACCUCCAAUGGGUCAUCUGGGAAACCAUGCGCAUCCACAGCACCUCCGCCAUGGCCGGCGACGUCGUCUCUGUUCCCAGCUACACCAUCCACCGCUCCACGGAGAUCUGGGGCCCCGACGCCGAGCAGUUCGUCCCCGACCGCUGGGAUCCCGCCCGUCUGACGCCCCGCCAAAAGGCCGCCUUCAUCCCCUUCAGCACGGGACCCCGCGCCUGCGUCGGCCGCAACGUCGCCGAGAUGGAGCUUCUCGUCAUGGCCGCUACCGUCUUCCGUCUCUUCGAAUUCGAAAUGCAGCAGGAUGGGCCCAUGGAGACCCGCGAGGGCUUCCUCCGUAAGCCUCUGGGCUUGAUGGUCGGCAUGAAGCGUCGUCCUUCUACUCUGUAGUGGACACUGUCUACUUGACUGCCUUCUUUCUCGUUUAUCUUGGAUGACUUUACUUUUUUCUUUUUCUAUUGAUUGAUUGAAUGAUGGAUCGUUUCCGUCUUGAUUUGCUCGUACUUAAGCAUAGACAGAUAUAGAUGGGGACAACUUGGGAGGAACACCUGCAUACACACAAACACAAACACAAACGCGAGGAUAUAUAUAUGAAUGGAAUUGAAUCAUGAAUCAUAAACUAUUCGUUGACUGACAAUUCCACAAGUAGUAUAGUGUAG